AUGAGUAGUGACGAUGCUCAGAUUUUAACUACAUUAAAAGUUCUUAUUAUUGGAGAAUCAGGUGUUGGUAAAAGUAGUCUUCUUUUACGAUUUACUGAUAAUACAUUUGAUGAAGAUAUGGCCGCAACAAUUGGAGUUGAUUUUAAAGUUAAACAAUUAGAAAUCAAUGAUAAUCGCGUUAAAUUGGCUAUUUGGGACACAGCAGGACAAGAACGAUUUCGUACAUUAACACCUGGCUAUUAUCGAGGUGCUCAAGGUGCAAUUCUUGUCUAUGAUGUCUGCAAUCGUCAAUCAUUUCGACAAUUGGAUCGAUGGAUUUCAGAAUUAGAUACAUUUUCAACAAAAACAGAUCCGAUUAAAAUGCUUGUUGGAAAUAAAAUUGAUCAGAAAGAUAGUCGUGAGAUAACAUAUGAUGAAGGUGAUAGAUUUGCACGUAAACAUUCAAUGCUAUUCAUUGAAGCUUCAGCACGAACCUGUGAAGGAGUACAAGUUGCUUUUAAAGAACUUGUUGAAAAAAUCAUCGAAACACCAUCAUUAUGGGAUAAAACUGAAGCAUCAAUUCGACCAACUGAUAAUGAUCAUUCGGAUGAUGCACCAGCAGGAUAUAUGGAGGAUAAUAAUUUAUUAUUAAAUAUUACGAGCGAACCAACACCAACAAGAUCUAAAGUAUUAGGAAAAAAAUCAGUUAAACGUAAACAUGAUACCGAAGACGAACAAGAUUCUAAUGUAAUUGAUUCAAAUACAAAAAAGAAAAAACAGAAUGAACGUGUCAAACUUGAUUUAUGUCAAGGACGAGAAAUGAAAACAUCGAACCGAUCUUCUCUAUUCUCUAAUAAUCCAACAAUACCUGAGAUUGAUGAAAAACAUGUAGAAACAGCAAAUGAAGAAAUAUUUGGUUCAGCAUCAUCGUUAGAUAAAAUGCCAGUACAUCCUCAUAUCAUUGGAUGUUUAAAACAAAAAUUUAAUAUAAAUCGUUUAACAAAUGUUCAAGAGAAAUCAAUUCCAGCUAUUCUCACGGGUGAAGAUGUUAUAAUUAAAUCUCAAACUGGUAGUGGUAAAACACUUGCUUAUGUUAUACCAAUAAUUCAUCGAAUACAAUCAAUAGAACCAUUAGUACGACGAGAAACUGGUCCAAUAGCCAUUGUACUUGUUCCAACUAAAGAACUUGUUCAACAAACUUAUGAAGUAUUUCAAAAAGUACUAACAUCAUUUGUUCGUAUUGUUUGUUCUCCACUCGUGGGUGGUUCAAAUCGAAAUCAUGAAAAGAAAAGAUUACGUCGUGGUUUAAAUAUUCUCAUAUCAACGCCGGGUCGUUUAACAGAUCAUAUUGAGAAUACGCAAUCAUUAUCAUUUAAAAAUAUACAAUUUCUAAUAUUUGAUGAAGCUGACAAAAUGCUUGAUAUGGGUUUUGCUGAUGCAAUAAAAAAGAUUAUUGAAACAAUAACAAAACAUAAUGAUGAUAAUGAUAAACAUUUUCAACGUGUUCUUUUAUCAGCUACACCAACUUCAGCUUUAACAAAUUUUGUUGAUAUAAAUUUAAAUAAGAAGUCACUUCAUAUUGAUAUUUCCGAAGAAUUUAACGAUGAAAGUGCUAUAACAGUACCAAAAACAUUAACACAAAUGUUUAUGAUUGUACCAAGUAAAUUACGUUUUGUUACAUUAAUUGCAUUUUUAUUAAAAAUUUUACAAGCUAAUAAAAAAAACGAAGCAAAAAUACUUUUAUUUUUGGCAACCAAUGAACUUGUUCGUUUUCAUUAUGAUCUUUUAAAUACAAUUUUAAAUGGUGAAAAAGACGAUGAUGAGGAUGAACAGGGUGAUUUACAAUUUGGACAUUUAUUAGAUCAACCAAUUAAAUUAUUAAAAUUACAAGGAGAUAUGACACAUCAUGAACGAACAAGUGUUUUUAAUGAAUUUGGUAAAUUAACUCAGGGAAUUUUAUUAUGUACUAAUGUUGCUGCACGUGGUCUUGAUUUACCAAGUGUAACAUGGAUUUUACAAUAUCAUCCAACAAGUCCAAUUGAUUAUAUUCAUAGAAUUGGACGAACUGCUCGACUUGGUUCUAUUGGUUGUUCAUUGAUUUUUCUUUUACCAAAUGAAGCAGAAUAUGUUGCGACAUUACAAGAUAAAUAUAAAAUGAGUUUGAAAAAUAUUUCGCCUGAUGAUGUUCUUGAAACACUUAUGUUCAGUUGCAAUAAGUUAAAACAACAUUUUGAAACUCGAACUGUUGUCCCAAGAACAGCUGAACAAUGCGCAAGCUCCUUACAUCAUCAUUUUGAAGAAUAUGUCAAUGGAUCUGGGGAACGUACAGAAGAAGCACGACAAGCUUAUCUUUCAUUUAUUCGAUAUUAUGCAUCAUUUGCUCGUGAAUGGAAAUAUUUAUUUCAUGUAAAAAAUUUACAUCGUGGUCAUGUUGCUAAAAGUUUUGGUUUGAGAGACUUACCAGAUGAAUCAAAUAAUCAUAAUAUCAAAGAACGAACAGGAACUUUUGCUUCAUCAAAAAUUAAGCGAAAGAUAAAAUCAAAGGAAGAUGAAACAAUCGAUCCACUUGACGAACCACUACCAGAACCAAUAAAAUCUGAAACGAAAAGUAUUUUUGAUCGUUUACCACUAUCAAAUAAUCCCAAAUUUCGACCACGCUAUCGUAAUUUCAGUCAUAUCUCUGAAUUUGGAAGUGGUCUUGAAGUAUCGACAAAAUCUCAUAAGAAAAAAGAUAAAGUUGGUGAAUUUUUAGAAAAGAAACGUGAACGUAAUACUUCUAAACGUUUGUUUGGUCGUAAAAAUGUUAAAUAA